GAACUCACAGUUUUUUUCGUGAGGUUUAAAAGUGCUGUUACUUUCCAUGUUUUAGUGCAGUAAGUUUAGUGCAUCGACUAACGUAACAAUGAACUAUUCGCAAAACAAAAGACCUAGGAUGGGGCCUCAAUCUGCCAGAUAUCAAAUAAUCGUAACGACAUCAAAGGCGUAUGUUGGGGCAGAAGGAACUACCAAUACCGUUUCAGUGGUUUUAACUGGAGAGAGUGGAAGAAGAACGGAGGAAAAAAUAUUGAGGGAAGAUGGAGAUUUGUCAUUCAGACGUGGAGAAACCGAUGUUUUUGAAAUAAACGCGAUGGAUGUUGGACUUCCAAUUAUUGUUAAACUACGUCUUCUUGAACAUACUGGCAAAGAUCCUUGGGCUGUGAGAACCAUUGUGGUGAAAUAUAAAAACGAAGAAGUUACGUUUCCAGUGUAUGAUUGGAUUGAAGAUGAAAUUUCAGUCACUUGCGGAGAAGCAUUGCUUACGCAUAAGAUCCGAAACAAAGAUGUCUUAGAGAUGCGAAAACUUGAAGUGGAGAAAGCACAGGCUAAAAUUCAAUGGUCUUCUCCUCCCGGACCUGAGGACUUAGGUCGAAGAAUGCCACGUUUCAUGAAUGCGAAUACAGUUGAAGAAAUGCCAUUGACAUUUCGACCUACAGAGAGUUGGAUAAGUUCUUUUGCAGAAAACGACAUAGAAAAUGGUGCAAAGAAAGCUAUGGGACUUGCACAAAGCCAACAGCUUAAAUUGGACAGUCUGGAAAGUUAUCAUGAACUCUAUGCUUCAUUUGAAGACGGCAAAGAAAGAUCUUCUCAUUUGGACAGAUGGCAGAGUGAUGAGGAGUUUGGACGUCAGCAACUCAACGGAAUCACACCAAUUUCUAUAGAAAGAUGCACAAAACUUCCAGAAGUAUGUAAAAUAACGGACGAUGACGUUCGAGAACUGAUUGGUGGAUACUCUCUUCAAGAAGAAAUGAAGGAUGGAAAAGUUUACAUUGGUGAUUACAGCGAAAUCUUUCACGGUGAAAUUCGGAACAAAGACGUUGCUGGUAAUCUACUGUACUGUCCCGAUGCAAUCUGCUUAUAUCAUGUCAAUUCGGAGGACAAUUUGGUUCCGAUAGCUAUCCAGCUUGUACCAAAUGAUCGUGAAACUAUUUUUACGCCCAAAAGUUCACCCGAGGAUUGGAUGCUUGCUAAAAUGUAUAUGAAAGUGGCGAUGGGAAACUUACAUGAGUGGUCUUAUCAUUUUCUUAUGACGCAUAAUGUAAUGGAGCCGUUUUCAAUAUCGUUGUUCCGAUCUUUUCCACGAUCUCAUCCUAUGUAUAAAUUAUUGCACCCCCACCUUCAAGUGGUUACAGUGAUCAAUACCAUUGGCAGACCAAACUUGAUGGCAAAAGAAUCAGCGUCAAAUAAGUCAAUUGCAAUUGAGGGAGAGAACAUAAUAAGACAAAUUUACAAGAAUUUUCAUUUUGAUGAUCUUGUGAUUCCAGAAGUUAUCAAGAAAAAGGGAUUAGAUGACAAAAAGCUUUUGCCGAAGUUUCACUACCGAGAUGACGCUGUUGAAUUGUGGGAAAUUGUUGAAGACUUUGUUGGUGAUGUCAUAAAGCACUACUACACUUCUGACAAUGAUAUUCAAUUAGACGAAGAUUUGCAAUGGUUUAUAAAAGAUGUGGCGGAGAAAGGAUGGGCAUGGUUUGAUGGAAAUAAACGAGGAAUUCCUGUACCGUUGACAUCCAUUCAAGAGCUGAUUCGAAUCUGUACUUGUGUUAUUUACACAAGCUCUGUACAGCAUGCCGCCAUAAACUUCCCUCAGUACGAGACUUAUAAAUAUGUACCAAACUCACCAUUUGCAAUGAGACUGCCACCACACAAGCAAGGAGAGGCUACGAUGCAAAGAAUAUUGGAUUCUCUCCCUAACUUGUUUAUUUCUUGCUUAUCCAUAUCAGUGGCCAGUGGUUUGUCGCAAUAUCACGACGAAAUAGUUUUACUUGGAAACUAUCCAAUCAAGCUUUUCACAGAGAAGGAAGUUCUGAAAAGCAUUGAAAAAUUUAAGAAAAAACUGGACAAACAUGAUGAAAGAAUUCGUAAGAGAAACGACAAACUCGAAUUCCCAUACGUUCAUCUUCUGACGGGAAAAAUACCAAAUAGCAUCGUUAUAUGAACAUUAUUGCACAUUAAUAUUUACACCAUUAUAUGUAUAAGCAGAGUUUGAAUUUUGUAUAACAAUAUUUACAUUGUGUUGAAGAUGUAUUGUAAAAAUAAAGAAACAAAUAAGUCUUUCUUGAACCUGCCAAUA